GCCAUCGACUCCGUCCAGAUUCCCGGCAGUGCGACGAUCCACUGACUGCAAAACGACAAGCUCACCAGCAUGAAGUCCUUCGCCUCCUGUGCUCAAUCGGAUUCCCACCAUGGAGUCUCAUCAGCCCCGACAACCCUUCCAGCGGCUGCCACAUCCUCAUCUUCACCACAUCUUGCCGCCUCCGCCACCGGCACAUGCCCCGCCGCACCGCACCUCCAAUAGCACGCCCGUGUCGUCCCCGGGUCUCUUCAGUCCCUCUCACCAUCGGCCCGCCAUGUUGUUUCCCUUAUCGCAACCCGGCUCCGAGACGACGAUGGGCGGCGGCCCAAAGCCGUCCUAUUUGCAUCCGUUGCAGAAUCAAUUGCAGGCCCACUUGCAUGGCCACGACCACAAGGUUCGAGAAACGCACAAGGCGAACGUCGAGCAUGACUACGCAACUGGCAGGAAGCAUAUCAACAACUACGAGAUCAUUGAGGAGCUCGGCCGUGGCGUCCACGGCAAAGUCAAGCUCGCCAGGAACGUUGAGACUGGAGAGUUCGUUGCCAUCAAGAUCAUCCCGAGAUUCUCCAAAAGACGGCGGCUGGGCAAGGUCACCGCCAUGUCCACCCAGGACAAGAGCAAGCGGGAAAUCGCCAUUCUGAAGAAGAUCCGCCAUCCGAACGUCGUUGCCCUGCUUGAGAUCAUCGAUGACCCGGAGCUUAAGAAGAUCUACAUGGUCCUCGAACAUGUCGAGCUGGGCGAGGUCGUGUGGAGGAAGAAGGGCCUGCCCCAUAUCUGCGAAUACGAGCGCCGCCGCGUCGAAAGAGAGAUGCGCGGCCGCAAGCCCACGCCCGAGGAGGAACGGUUCGAACGCCUCCUGCUGCAGCGUCAGGCCGCCAAGGAUGCCGAGCGGGCUAGGUUGAGGGCGAAGGCCCAGCAGCCGUCGGCGGACUACUGGAGCCUCGAGUAUGGCCCUGCCGAUGACGAGGAGCUCGACGCGCACGUUGGCUCGCUCGGCAGGGACGAUACGGGCCUGUCGGCGCUACGACCUGCUCUGUCGAACUCGAACUCUCCGGCUGGCUCGAGAGCCACGUCGCGGGCUCCCUCCCGGACACAGUCGACCAAAUCGCUUUCAAACCCUGCCGAGCAAGCUCUUCGCGAGUCGAACCUCGCUUCGGUCGCCCAGGACGGCGAUCUGGAGACGCCCGCGCCCGGCGCCGUGCCGAUCGAGGCCAACAAGUCGACCGCGCUUGACGGGACCAUGUACGGCGCCUAUGUCGACGAUCCCUCCCUGCGCGGGAGGUCUCCCAGCAUGGCCGAGUCGUUCAUGUCGCACAUGUCUGCCUUUGAUUUCGACAAAGUCCACGACCCGUACGUGGAUGAUUUCUCGUACGUGCCCUGCUUUACCUUAGAGCAGGCCAAGAACACGUUUCGCGACACCGUCCUGGGCCUGGAGUACUUGCAUUACGAAGGCGUGGUCCACCGGGACAUCAAGCCGGCGAACCUGCUCUGGACUAAGGACAGGAGGACCAAGAUUGCCGAUUUCGGCGUGUCUUACUUCGGUCGUCCCGUCCGCGACGGCGAGCCCGAUGACACCAUCUCCGAGUCGGAGGCCCGAGACUUCGACAACGACCUCGAGCUUGCGAAGACGGUCGGCACCCCGGCUUUCUUCGCCCCCGAGCUAUGUGCGACUGACCUACACGAUGCGCCUCUCAGUACGCAGCCAAAGGUCACCGAGCAAAUCGAUGUCUGGUCUCUGGGUGUCACGCUGUACUGUCUGAUCUUCGCCCGUCUCCCUUUCCUGGCCGAGGACGAGUGGCAGAUGUUCAAAAAGAUUGCCAACGAUGACGUUUAUAUCCCGAGCCGACGGCUGCGGCCCGUCGAUCCCUCGACGAAACCGAGCGAAAAGUCUCUGUACACACGGGUUAACAACCCGCCUUACCGUGAUGACGAUGAGCUUGCGUACGAGGAUAUUGAGCCGGAGCUACAGGAUCUGCUGAGGAAGAUGCUCACAAAGAAUCCGGACAAGAGAAUCCGUCUGCGCGACGUGAAGCGGCAUCCUUGGGUCAUCAAGGGCAUGGAGAACACGGUCGCCUGGCUUGAUGACACCGACCCUUCCAGGAGAACGUCUGGCCGGAAGAUUCAGGUCGAUGAGAAGGACCUGGCUCGUGCCGUUGUGCCCCUGAACCUCUUCGAGCGUGCGAGAUCGGUAGUCAAAAAGGCGGUGGGCAAGGUGAUGCACCCUCGCGGUGAGCGGACGGACAGCGUGUCGUCGAGGCGGCGGGCUACCAGCAGCGCCGCCAGCUCCGCAGGAGACAGUCCCAUAACUGGGCUCAUCACACCCCAUCUCCGAGAUAGCCGGCGGAGGAGUCUUCGCCCGGAUGAUUACUCUCCCUCUCCGCAGCAAGCCACCGGCCACCCUUUGACGCACAGCGUUCUGGCUAGCCCUCAGGAAGGCUCCCUGGCGGGCGGCCUCGGCUCGUCCCCCCCACAACGCCAGUCGGCAACGAAUAGCCCCGCGUCUCGCAAACCCCUCGAGUUGCUCAGCACCGCCGCCCCACGAGACGAGAAUCGGAUUCGGCAUGAAUUAACCUCCCCGCACAGGGCCCCGCCAAGGCACGGACACGCGCAGUCUGUCACAAACGCCUUCUUGAGCCUCACCCCGGCGCCAGCCGAAGCGCAAACGCUUUCGAGCACGCCGCUGUCGGGUGGCCCUCUGAUCGAUCCAAGCAAUGCGCUGAGGAAGGCCCGGGACACGAAAUCGAACGCAGACGAGAUCAACCGUGCGCGAUCGGUGGAUCGCGGCUUGUUCGGCAGUCAUGACAAACGUGCCGAGGCCAGGGUUUCGCUGAGCACGGCGGUCGCUCCGGGCAACGUACACUUCACGCCGCCGCCCCGACCUACCCGCUCGAUCGAACUCCUCAAGGGGCGCGAGCAUGCUGUGCCUUCUUCGGUCCCUCCGACGCCCAGCCCUUCGUGGGGUCACCAGCACGUUUCAUUCGAAUCCGACUCCAACUCGCAGCAUACGCGCCACACUCCCCUAGAGCAGGUCGCAGACAAGCCAUUGCCAGCGCAUGGAGCCGGAACAGGAGGGGAACAACCCAGCGCGCAGAAGCCGUCCACUCCGGAACCGGCCGAGGCGGCCCGUACGCCAUCUCCGCCGCCGCCCGAGGACGACGCUGUCCCUCGGAUGCCGCUGUCGAGGGGGGAGACCUUUGCGACAGGCAAGUCGUCGAGCUCGACAUCGAUGGGCGCACUCACGACGCCGUUGACGAGCCCCAGCGAGUCGGCGAGCCCGAUUUGCGAGCCCAGCAGCCAAAUGACCAAGGAAGUUUCCGAGCGGAUGCUCGCUUUCCAGUCCGACCCUUCGCUUCCGGCGCUGCUCAGCAGCACGAGCUCGGUGUCUGCGGACCCGGAGGGCGAGUUUCUCGGCAACCCGGGGGUGGUGAGCGGGGCGUCGGUCAUCGACACAACCGACUCGCUCACGCCGCCGGCGUUGGCGAAGGAGCCCGGCUCGGGAUUCCCGCUGGACGCGCACGACGUUCCGGAAGGAGCGGUGCCUGUGAAGCUGGACCACGCUGCUGCCGCGCCCCGUCCAGCGGGUGGCCCGCCGGCCACCAACCGGAGGGGUUCGCGCAACCACGCUGAUGACGACGAAGACAACGGGUCCAGCGACAGCGAUGAGGGACUGACCAUGGCGAAGCGGAAGAGGCCCAUCGUGCCGCCCCAAGCUUCGAGCCCGGAGCCGCGAGACGCGCAUGCGCAGCCGCAGUCGCAGUCGCAGUCGCAGUGGCAGUCCACCGGUCGGCUGAUGGGCAAUGCGAGGAGGCGAGACACGAACAUAAGCGUGGGCAGCACCGAGACGGCCAAGAAGCUCGUUGUGGAUAGCGACUGAGCCGGUUUGUCUGUGCCGGGCCCGCCGGCCCCCCGCGUCACGAGUACAGCGCCUCUCGGUCCAUACGAAACGUUGUCUGAGUUUCGACAA